CUUCAGAAAGAAAUAUAGAUGAAAACAGUGUAGACAUUUAUAGUGACUUAUCAUUAGAUUGCGUUUAUCAACAAGAGAAAAAUUCCAGUCCAUUAAAAUUAACAGAUAAUAACUUAGAUAUAAAGAACGCAGGAAAAAGCUAGGUCCCCAGGACCCCACUGGGGGAGCUUACAGCACUCCCCAGACCUUCUUGCUGGAUGGAGGGAGAAUAGAACCACCUACAUAUCCAAUACUAGUUCCAAGUGAUCAAGAGUUGAGCAAACUACGCUUAGAAAAUGAAAGAUUAAUAACAGAAAACAAAAAGCUUGAAGCUCUAAAAAUCCAACUUACCAAAAAUAUUUCUUCUCUGUAUGUGACAGCCAAAAAAGAGCUUCAGAAAAAAGAAAAGGAAUUAAUUGAACUCAGGAAAAUCGUUGACAUGAAGCAAGGCUCCAAUUCUGAUAAAAUCUGUCAACAUUUCAAAGACACUUCUGUUGAAUUCAGAAAUGAAGACAAGACAUCUGAGAGGAAUAGUAAAAUUAAAGUAGCUUUAGAUAAAAGCAGAUACUACCAAUCAUUAAAAUAUGAAGAAUCCAGCAAAAACAAACAAGAAAAUUCAUUUUUUCCUGCAACACAUAAUGACAAAUUGAUUCAUUCAAACCCUUUAACUGAAUCACCCAUUAAAGAUUGUGUUCAAUUGUUUAGCAGACCUUCUGUUGAGGACAGACUUUCAAAAAUAAAUGAAAGUUGUGAUCUACAGGAAAAGAAAUUGUUUAAGAACAUGGGAAAGGAACAGAAAGAACGUAAAUUCUCCAAUGAAAAGGAGGACUCAAAUUUCACCCAUUCCAGUCAAAAGAAGUUAGACGAAAGAACAAAAACUGUACCUGUAGAAAAUAAUCAUCAUGUAUCUCAAAAAUCCAUACCUCAAGAUACUAAACAUUUUGGUAAGCAAACAGCCAAAGUGCAAACAAAUAUUGACAAACUAGAAUACAUAAAUGUUGUUAGGCAGCAAUCAAAGCCCAAUAAUAAACUAACAUCUGUUCUUGAGAAAAAUACAAAUGUUAAAAAACAAUCUGAUAUGCUUAAUGAACCUUUCAAUUUGGAAGCACAGACAAAUUCAGAUGUUUCAUUUCACAGAAAGGCUAGGGAUAGUCCACAACAAGCUAUCAGUCAAACAUGUUCUCUCUCUAAAACAAAAAACAAGCAAAAUAUCAACCGAAAAAUUUCUCUCUCCAAAGACAACCCACAGCCAGGUAUUAACAACAAACAUCCUAGCACUCAAGAAAUCUCACAGCCAGCUGAUGAUCAGACAUUAUCUCUUUCUAGAGAAAAUCCUCAAGCUCUUUCUCAAGAUAGGCCGCAGGAGUUUAUAAGCCAUACUUAUACUCCAUGUUUUGCAAGUUCUAAAAAAACAGUUGUUUCUCAUCCAAGUUAUUCAGAUUUAAAGGAGUGUACGAAGUCACUUGAAGAUUCUAAUAAGAUAAUUGAAAGUGAUAUUCAAGAAGAUCACUUUAUUUUUCAAUCGUAUACACAAAGUAAGGAUCAAUUAAGUUCAGAUUUUAAAAAGUUUAAGAAAAGCAGUGCAUUUGAUUUUCAAGGACAAUUAUCCCCUGACUCUACAAAAGUAACAAGUAGCAAAAUAACUAUUAAGUCCAAUUCACCUAAAGAAAUUAGGAGUGUAACAAAAUAUCUUGAAUUACCAGAAAUAAAAAAAAAUGCUAAAAGGAAAAAUCUGACAUUAAGUAAAAUAAAUCCUUGUGAAGAAUAUUCAAAUUUAACACCUGUGAAGAAAUAUAAGUUUGUAGAAAAUAAUGAGAUGACUAAGAAUGUAUUAAAUGAAACCAUGUCUCAUGACAUACCGGUAUCUUACAAGAUUAACUUUGGUACUGAAAUUUCAAAUAGUUCUUUCACCAACCAAACUUGGCCUUUUCAGAUGAACACAAAUGAGAUUUCUAAAAAUCCUUAUGAUGCUCCAAGCGAAAAUAGUAUCUUUGGUCAUAGUAGUUUAUGUAUGAGAACAUUUCCAACAGACAAUGUAUUUCUUACAUCAAAUACAGAACAGAAAUCCACAUCAUCUUUUAUAAAUAUUGAUUCAUUAGGAGAUAAAAAUGAUACUUCCCAAAGGAGUAAUAAUACUCAAAAUCUUACAAAAUCUUUUUGUGCUCAACAAGAGCAGAUUGAAUCUGACAUUAGAAUAAUACCAGUUCAAAGCAUUAAAAUCAACAAUAAAGUUCUAAGACAGAAAACUAAAAAUGUGUUUAGAAGGCAUCCAGAAAACUAUGAGUCGGAAUCUCUUCCUCAUUUAUCCUUUUCAAAGGUCUUGACUAAGAAAUCCAAAGACAAAUCAGAUGAUUCCAUUGACUCAGAGAAAGCUGGUAGUAACAGCUCAGUGAGUAUAGAUUCUGAUAAACUAUCUCUGUCAGGGGAAGAUUUAUCCAAGAACACGAAAAUGUCUAAGUUGGAAUCACCAGUGCCAUUUGCAACUAGUGUCACCUGCACAUCUAAUUUGAUACUGCUUGGAGAUGAAGAAACUACAUGCACCACCUUUGUUAGUCCUUGUAAACCACAUUACUUGCCUUCAGAGUUUUACCCACCUGGGGUCAGGGCCACAGUGCAGGAUGAGGGAUCUCAUGCUCGUCAUAUCCGUGGACAGCCAGAAGUGAUACAUGAGCCUUUAGCACUCUCUUUACUUCUACCAUAUUCUAAUGAUAAAAAUAACUAUUGCCAUUUUCUUCAAAAGGAGCAGGAAAUUAAAAGUGACAAGAAAGGUGCUGAUCUAUGUAAAGGGGUAAUUAAAAAAACUAAUGGAACAAUGGCAUCUAAGAAAAUUAAGGCAGAGCUUAAGCCUAAAUCUGAUGGGACUUUGGAAAACAUGAUAGGAAAUAGUCUUAAUUCAUGGACAUCUUUAGUGGAACACAAAUUUCACAAAGUCUUUCAUAAAGAGCUAAGGACAUAUAAAGAAGGUAAUUUAAAAAUCUCCCAAUCUAUUAAAAAGCUCAGCAAAAGUAGGCACAAUCAGAUUUUAGAAAAGAAAAUUGAAUUAGUCAACAGAAGUAACCAACAAUUUUUUCAAAAUGGUGAAUUACAAAAUGUGAGUGUUUUACCCACAAUUGCCAAACUCAUUGGUGAACAUUCUGUUUUAACCAAAUCUUUUGUCAGUGAAUCAGUUAAUAAAACAAACGAAAUGCAUACAAAGUCAUUUGAAGAUGUGUUGGGUGAUAUAGUUUUGGAAGAAGUUGGAAAUUCAAAAGUUGUGUCACAUGAGAAAUGUCCUGAGAUUGAGCACAAUGCUAACAGUUGUGAUAUUCAUCUUUAUCUAAGUGAUGAGGACAACGAAGUUGUAAAAGCUAAAGGAAAAAUAUCAAACUCUUGUGCAUCUUCCAGUAAGAUAACAUUUAGCCCAUUAAGAUCAAAACUAAAUAAAAAAUUUUCUCCUAAGAAAAUGGACAAUGAUAUACUACCACUUCGCCAUUCAAGUGGAGUUAAAUUUUUGAAUGCAACAUUUAUUGUUCCUAAGUUAAACACUGAAGAUGAGUUAACAGAAAAUGAUGGUCAUAUGCUUUCCAUUCCAAACCAAAAUGUUACUCAACAUUUUGACAUACCUGUUUACUCAGAAGAAAUCAGUCUUGUAGAUGCAAGUUUGUCAGAGUUUGAUGUAGAUGUUAAGAAUACUCCAGAGACACAUUUCAAAAAUGUACCAAUUGAUCCAUCAUCCUCACCUUUAUCUUUCAAAAAUAAGAUUAACCCAAAGAAUGGAACAGAUAAUUACACCCCUUCACAAUUUGCCCAUAGUCCUUUUAGAUUACCAGUACCAUAUAAUAAAAGAAAUGCUUUUCGGAGAUCACCAGAGACAAAUGAUAAAGAAAAUCCCUUUAAAACAUUGUCACCAGAACUCUCGAUACCGGUAGCUGAUCUGCCCGAUUCUAUAAACAGCAGACACAAAUCAUUUAAUGAGUUGAAAGAUAGUAAAUUAGUUAAAAAUCAAUAUGUCUUUAUGGAUCCUGAUUCAUCUUAUGAUACAAAUAAGAUCAAUGUGAGGCAAAUAGAGAAAAAAAAUGAAUCCAUUAGAAAAGUUGAAAAUGUGAGAAAAAAGCUGGAUUUAGAUUGUAAUGCAACUUUUAGUUCAUGUAUGAAAAGUCCUUUAAUCAAUAUCUCUGACUCAUUAACAAGUCCUCCUGCUGACAUACCGGUACUUAAUUACAGUGAACAUGCAUUCUUUUUGAAAGGGCAGCUAAUUCAAGUCAGUGAAUCUUGUGAAACAAAUUCAUUUAUAGUCAACUUGGCAUUACAUCAGCCAAUUUCAGAGGAAGUUGUGGAGGAUGGUGAAAUACUUGAUGAUAGCUGUGAAAAUAAACUGAAGAAACAUUUACCGGUGCCAGUGAGCAGUCUUAGAAUUGACAGCCGUAAAAGAGAUGUACAUAAUCAUUCUAAACAUGAAAUAUUCAAGGAAAAAAGUGAAACUCUUAAAAAUGCUAGUGGCAAAAAGGCUACAGUUUUGCUUGAAAAAUCCCCUGAAACUUCUAGAUCUGGCUAUAGGGACAGCUUUGUUAAAUUUGGGAAAAGAUCGUGGUCUCAUGAGCCUACAAAAAAUGCUAACUAUCAAGUAAAUGAUUCAGAUCAAAGUCUGAACUCGGAAAAAAAUGCUAAACAACACAAAGAGCAUAAUUCAGAUAAAAAAAUGAAGUAUGAGAAUGGUCGACAUUGCAAAGAAAGAGACAAUGAUAAGCGAAACUGGACCAGAGCGAGUAUUAGAGAGUCUCACAGACAAAGACAAUACUCAAAUGAGAGGAAAAAAUACUCUGAUAGGGAUAGGGACAGAAAUCACCCUUCAUACCGGUACAGGACUUUUUACAAUGAUAAAAGAACAAAAAAAUAUUAGGGAUCAAACCAUUUGUUACAUGAUUUUAUCUCCACAAUAGUCCAGUAACAUUUAAAUAAAAAAUAAAUUUAAUGUACCAGCACUUAACAGAUUUAAUUUGCAUAGUAAAAAAUUAGGAAAUUCUCUCCAGACAUUAUCAUUAGUAUUUCUUGGACUAAUGGGAAAAAAUAUCUCAAAUGACUCAUAAUUAGAGAAGUAGAUGGUGAGGUAAAUUGCCCUGGUGUUUAGUUGUCAAUACCGGGGUAUUAUUUUUUUUUUAAUCAGAUAGUUAGAUCUUUAUAUUUUUAUUUUAUUUUUUAAUUUUCUAUUGCAUUAUGCAUAGGUCUACCCAUUAAAUGUACGUACAUUUAUUAUUACUGUUUUAUUGUAAUUUCAAUGUAAUUCAUACGUUCAUUGUAAUGAAAAGCACUUUGUUUUAGAGGCUGCCAAAGUUACAAACUUACAAAUCGAAUUAACAAAUAAAACCACUAGCUUUACCUACGGUUCUAGAUUUAUCACAAAAUAUUCUUGUUUGAAAAUUCCAAGAGGUCAUAAAUUGCAGAGAAACCUACAAGUAUGCAAGUUGCGGUAUUUUGUACACAUAAUGACACGAAAAUACGCCUUUUCCCCCGCAAAAUAAAAUUUAAAAAAGUUGCUUAUCUCACAAGUAAAUCAGUGCGUCGGUGCAUGGAAAUUGAUUUUUCUAAUCAGAUCUGGUCUACCUCAAGAAAGUAUCGGGGGUUUUUUUAGCGGCUAGAAGAGAAAUGACAAAUCUUAUUUCACCAUGCGCAGUGGCUUGCAAAGUUCCAAGUGCAACGGCAAUUUUUUUGUUCUAUAAGCUAACCGUAUAUAAAAUUAAUUACGUAUGUAAGCGAUUUUUUUCACAAAAAUACACCACUUCUUAAACAAUAGGCCUACAUAAAUGCAAUCGAGAUUAUUUUUACAAUAUGUUUACAACGAAAUAAUUUUGUGUGUAUUUUUCACUAUCACUUAUUCAAAUAGCCUAUACCGGUAUCUAUUAAAUGUACAGGAAAUGUUCAUAACAAAUAUAAAUAUUAGUUAACCUUUUUGCUUCUGGUAGAUUAGAUACUAAAAUAAAUAAAAAACACUGUAGAUAUUUAAAAAAAACAAAAAACUCUUCGCUCAGAAUGAAUAUUGUAUGUAAAUGCUUAAAUGUCACGCACAUUUUUUAAAUCGACAUUUUAUUUCGCUACUUUCGUGCAGGAGCGUGAUGGCCGCACCCACAAGGUACUAAUGCGAAAAGUUUUCAAUAAACAGAUUUUAUUUAUUUUUUGUUUAGUGCCCCCCUCAGGAUAAAAGCAGCUUACUUUUGUGCGUUUUGUCUAUCAUUCCCGUUUAGAUCGAUCGCAAAAAAAAAAAAAAAAGACAAAAAGCUAUUGAAAAUCUGAUUUAAACUCUAAUUUUUAUACCAAAACAUCGCAAUAGUUUGAAGUGUCUAUAGGGCCUAAUUGGUUGUUCCGGAUGUUAUUGUGAAAAACAAAUCAUUCCAGGUUAUGUACAGGUGUUGCUCUUCUAACUUACAAUGCAUUUAAUUUUCUUGCUUAAACGUUGCAAAAAUUUAAGAUCAAUACCGGUAAUACGUUUUUUCCGGAUUGUUUAAAUAAAUAGCAUAAAACGCUAAAUGAAAAUCUCUAUAUUGACUUGUAUUUCAUUACCUAAAGAGUUGUUCCUAAUAUUGUUACUCAAGUCAAAUGAUUGUUUCAAAUCGCACUUCUUACUUAUAUUACCCUUGCUAUUCUUGGACAGUACCGAUAGGUCAAUAUAUUUUUAUUAUCGAUAUCUAAUUGUUCUAGAUUUUCAACUUUAAAAAAGUUGUCAAAUGACAUACUAUUUUACUAAAAUAUCGACAAUAGGUUCAGAGAUGGCAUGAUAACAAAUGUAUAUAUGAAUAUUUCGCCUUGAAAAUUGGUACAAAUAAUGUUAUAUAUACAAGUAUGAAAAUGAAGCAGAAUAAAUACUAAACGUUGAAAAUUUUUAGAGUAAUUUUUUUCUAUGCCUACCCCCCUAUAAAAACAUGAAAUAAUGGGCCACAACGAUGUUCAGAGCUGUAACUUUUUAUCUAUUCAAUGAAUAUGAUUAAUUCUGCUUCACAGCCUUCUACUGGUAUUGAAUAAUCAACAGCUGAAGUUUUAUUAAACUAGAUUCAGUAGUUUUCAAGAAAUCUUGACAUGAAAUUUAACUAUUUUUUUCAUCAUUUUAGCUAAAAAUAGCCCCCCAAAUUUUUUAUCUAAACAAGUUAAUAAGAUAUAAAGAAAAACUGUUUAUUUUCUUCUUAUUUGCAUGCCUACACACAAUAAAAAAAGCAUUUUUUAUUAGUAAAUCAUGUAAUUUCUAUUUAGGGGUUUAAGCUGUCCUUAAUUUGGACAACAGAGAAAUAUCCAGUGCUGACUAGAUCCAAAUUAAAUAGAGCCCUUACAACUAUUUCCACGUAGGCCUACCUGUAUUCGAAAUAAUGGACAAUGAACAGUUAGUUGUAGAAAAGGUGACCGGUCACUUCAUCCCCGGUCACUUCAUCCCCGGUCACUUCAUCCCCGCUCAUUUCAUCCCCUGGUCACUUCAUCCCCCGGUCACUUCAUCCCCGGUCAUUUCAUCCCCAAUUAAAUAUUUUAUAUAUAAAUAUGAUUAUGUAAAAUGCUUUUUGACAUUUUGUUACUAAUGCGUUUAUAGUGUUUCCUGUUCCACUUUGUUUUCUGAAUGAGAAAUCUUAUAUUAUAUUGUAAAUCUGGGUGUGUACUUAGCUAUAGCGCUUCUAUUGGAUGUGGGGGUUGUAAUAUUAUAAUAUUUUCCCGAUCGAAGGCCAAGGUUUGGUGGAAGUAGUAAAAAAUAAUUUGAGAGAUAGAAGUGCGAUAACAAUAAUUAUGACCGUGCCGCUGAUAACUUAUCAUCAAAGGCCAAGGUGUGGUGCAAGUAGUGGAAAUCUUUUGAGAGAUAGAAGUGCGAUAACAAUAAUUAUGACCGUGCCGCUGAUAACUUAUCAUCAGAGGCCAAGGUGUGGUGGAAGUACGACCAUGUUUCACUUUAUUUUAUUUUUCAAUCGUUCUUUCUUAAGUUAUUAUUUUUUUCUAAUAAAGGCGAAGUUCACCCAUCCUCGUGAUAUCAUGUCGCAUGUAUAAGUUUUGCUUUAAUUCCUUUUAAACAUUAACGUGUUACAAUUUUGUCAUUUAAAUAAAAAUGAAUACAUUAAAUAUUGCUCAUUUCAUGAUUUUUAAAAUUACAAUUUGUUAGAUAAAAAUGAUCAGAUGAUGAAAAUAUCAGGGGAUGAAAUGACCGGGGAUGAAGUGACCAGGGGAUGAAGUGACCGGGAACCGUAGAAAAUACAUUGUCUAUACCAGUGGUUCCCAAACUUUUUUGUCUCGUAGACCCCUUGCCAUGUUUUCUGGUUUUCGGUAGACCCCCUGCUCAACUUGCACAUUUUUGCAAAUUCAUUAACAUUUUUUAAACAAAUUUCUAACUGUAGUGAGUUGAGGAGUAAAAAAGUAAUUUAAAACUACACAACUUAGGAUAUUAUGUUUAAUAUACCAAUUUGUCGUUCUAUGUAGUCUUUCCAACAUUAAAUAUUAAUUAAUUAAUUAAUUAAUAUGCCUUAAGUAUCAUUGUAAAAGGUUUCGCAUAGAGCAGUUUCUCGUGUAUUUCUUGAUCUUUCACGUGUGGCUCAAAUGUUGAAUCUGCUGAACUGUUUUCAUUAACAGGAGAUGGGUCAAAGGCGAGUAACUGGAGCCUAAACCAGUAAACUUCGAGCAGGAAGGGCUCAUUAGCCUUGGCUUGCUACCCACCUAGCAGAAGGAAAACUGAAUUCAAACCUCUGCUGCCUUGCUACUAUACCCAAACAUGGGAAAGGUCCCUAAGGAAAUAUAAGGAGAUGGUGACCAUUAGCGCCAUGUAUUUCUGGGCCGUCCCCUCUUUCUCUUUCCUUGGGGGUUCCAGGUUAGGGCUUGCCUUGUUAUGUUGGAUGCAGGCUUGCGAAGGCUGUGAACUAUCCAUCUUCAGCGUCUCUGAAGGAUAUCUACUUCAGUGGGCUGUUCUUUGCCACAGUUCCUCAUUCAAGAUCUUGUCUGGCCAGCGGAUCAUAAGAAUUUUCAUCAGGCAGGUAUUGAUGAAUAGCUGGAUUUUUUUCAUGGUGGUGAUGGUGGUUCUCCAGGUCUCCGCGAUCUGGAAGCAGAUGGGCAAGACGUGGCGACAGUUGGAGAGAUUCGCCCAGAAUCGAGAUGCCUGGAGGAAGCUGGUUGGUAACCUAUGCCCAGAAGGGACUACAGGCAUAGAUGAGAUGAGAUGGUGACCAUUAGACAGUUUGUAGCACACAGCGCUACACCUUGUCAGACCAAACUGUAUUUAUGUAUUUUGCAAAGAUUUGCAUAAGAAGCUUUUAAUUUUAUAACUCAUGCCACCGAAGCGACCUUGACCUGUAUUGUUGCUUAAAGAAAUUCUUUUAAUAAUAACAGAUGUAGGUUUGUGCAAAACGGCUGAUAGAAUCAAUGUUUGACCUUUGCUGUUUUCCGUAUUUUGCUAUAAGAAAAGAAAUCUUGUAAGAACAUCAUCUUCUCUAUAUGAUGUCGAACUAUGAUUUUGCGGGUCUAUUUUGAACUUUGAGUGUUCGAAAGUGUUUAAAAUCUUUAUUUUUGUCACGGUAGCAUUGUCUCAGAUGAUCUUCCAGCGAACCUGGUUCAUAUCGUCAUAAAAAAGUCACUUAGGCUUGUUCGACAAGGAUGGAAUGAAUCCCAAUUUUAAAUUAUUAAUGCUGUACUGUCUACAGUUCUUUUCUUUUUUUUUUUUUUGUUCUAAAUAUUAGUUACAUGUAGAUGUAGACAAAAUUAAGCUAUUUAAAUAAGUAUUGAAAUUGAUUACAACAAUUUUUCAUUUGAAUAGCAGGAUAAAUGUUUAAAGGAUUAACGAAAGUACAAAUCAUAUGCAAUAAUUACAUUAGUGGAAUGUGAACAUUAAAUGUGCUUAAAUGAAAUCUAUUAUCGUAGACCCCCGUGGGCAUCUCAUGGACCCCCAAUUUAGUUUUUUACUUUCGUAGACCCCUUGGAGGUCUUCGUAGACCCCUGGGGGUCUAUAUAGACCACUUUGGGAAUCACUGGUCUAUACUAUAGGUAGAAAAGCACUUGAAGAUCUUAAGACUCCCUGUGUAUUUCAUAGUUGUAGAAAAUACAUUGUCUAUUGUUACCUCCUUUCGUUUAGUGCUUGCAUUAAAUUUAAAAAUAGUAGAUUACUUUUAGUAUAUUGCAAUAUUGAUCUAGACGUUUGGAAAUCAAAUGUGUGUUAGCAAAUUUUUCAUAUAAAAUUUAGAACAAUUUUGGCCACGAAUUGUAAAAAAAAAAAUUAAGCAAUGUAGGUUGAUUUCUUUUUCAAAUCAAAUCUGGAACAUUCUUUACAGAUAAAAAAAAAACUUCUGUUAUGUUUCAGCAAGAAAGUCUAAAAAGUGUUUUUCAAUAAUCGUUUCUAGCAGUGGCGUAGCUAGCAAUGUGCGGGUGGUGCUGGCCGCACGGGGCAUCAAGUGGUGAGGGGCAUCAAACUAAGGAUACAUUUUCUCAAUAAAAACAACAUAUUCAACAUGCAUGGGGAAAAAAAACUAACGGUACUGUAUUUGAAAUGUUUACUACAAAUUUAAUUAUUUUGCUACUUUAUUAAUCUCCUAUGUUCUUUCUUCAAUAAAAUGUAAGUUGUAUCAAAUUUU